AUGAGUGUGUCAGUCUAAAUAAACAGGUAUGGACAAAAGGACUGAAGGAUUUCAAGAGGGUUUUAUUGCAUUAACUGACCAGCAGAGAUAUCCUGUGCAUUAUAGAUACCUUUAUCAUCACCCACUAACACACUGUGCAGUUGCAAAAACCAUCAAGCGCUACAAUGAAACUGGCUCACAUGAGGACGCCCCAGGAAAGGAAGACCAAGAGUCACCUCUUCUGCUGAGGAUACAUUCAUCCAAAUCACCAGCCUCAGAUAUCGCAAGUUAACAGCACCUCAGGAUUUCUGGAUUUUCUGCUGGACUCAGUUUUGGAUUCUUAGUUGAUACAUUUGAGUCUUUGUGUUGGUGUCUGUUCUACUUUCUAAGAGAAAAUAUGGUCCUUACAGUGAUUUUAUUGCUAGUUUCAGGCUAUGUUACUCUGUGUUCUCCCGCUCAUCGGGAGUUCUACCUGAUAAACGAGGAUAAAAUCUGGGAUGAUGCCCAGAGUUACUGCAGGAGCAAGUACACCGACCUCGCCACAAUUGGCAGCCAGGAUGACAUGCAGAGGCUGGUGAACAUGGUGUCAGCCAGUGGUGUGACAGCAGAGAUGUGGAUCGGUCUGACAGAAACAGGCCCAGCGGCCUGGCUGUGGUCUGUGGGAGAAACUCAGAUCAGUGAUGGAGUAGUUGAGUACACUAACUGGGCCAGUUUACCAAGUUCCACUGACAACUGUGGAGGAAUGAGUUAUGAUGGGAAAUGGUUCAGCGCACCCUGUACAACAACGCUUCCUUAUGUAUGCCAAGAUAUUGGUUCCAGUGGGUUCUAUGUUGUUUUUCAAGGGACGAGCUGGAUAUAUGCCCAGCAGGACUGUCGCAUGAACAACAAAGACUUGGCCAGUGCGAGGAGCCAGAUGGAAAAUCUGGUAUUGCAGCAAAUAAUCAAUGGCGCCGCACUCUCUUCAGUCUGGAUUGGUUUGUUCAGAGAUGACUGGAAAUGGUCAGACCAGAGCAACAGCUCCUUCAGAUACUGGGCCACUGGUCAACCAAAUAAUGAUGGAGUCUGUACAUUGUACAGUCCAUCUCUCACAGGAUUCAUGGACAGAGGCUGUACUUACUCUAUACCCUUCAUCUGCUAUGAGGGUUCUGCCAAUCAAGAAACAAAACACACCAGAACUGUUAAGGUGGAAUUUAAGUCAUCUUUGAACUUAAAUGACUUCAAUGUGAGUGAUGCCAUUCUGCAGCAGAUCCAAUCAAAGUACCAGAAUGCCAAGGUUCAGUGGAGAGUCCAGCCUGAUGGGAAAAUUUUCCAUAAGGAGGAGGAGAAGGAAAUCAAAGAUGCCUGUUAGAAUACGACGUGAAGUUUACCUGCAGUGAAAAGUUACUCAUGAUUUUGCAUGUAGAGAAUAAACAAAACUAGCCUAGCGUUAAACGACUAGAGAUAAAGGGAGACUUUGUUUUACUGUUUGUUUUUAAAGUCUUCUCACAUCAUAUUUGGAAUGAUUUCAUUUGGAGGGUCUUUUCGAUGCAUGUGGCAAAUAUAAUAUGCAUAUGUGAUAUAUUAAAUACUCAUUAAAAGUCAGUUAAAAGUCUGUUGAAUUAUUACUCUGUAACCAACCUAAGGGUAGACAUGAACUUUCACAUUUUUUUUCACAGGCUGUCUUUUGUCUGAAAACUUUAUAAUAAAGAAACAUAG